AUGGCCAGCCGCAUCGACGCCGAUCCCGCGCUCAAGGCCCUCGUGCCGUCACUCGCUCCCGAGCGGCACUAUGACCACGAGCGUGAGGAGUGGUGCACUCUCUACCCGUUCUCGGAUGAGCGGCGCGGCUACACGGCUCUCGCGCUCCUCUUUCUGGGCGCGCCGCUGUACAGGCCGGCGCGAGGGAAGCCCGAGUCGCUGCGCGAGUGGUUGAGUGGCAAGUUCCGUGUGGACGAGGCCUCGCACGACCGCGGCCCUCAGCUCGACGCGGCUUUUGCGGCGCUCUCCGAGCUCAACCUGCUGAUCGCCGCUGCGGAAGGGCUGCCGCGCUCCCGGCUGCCUCAGCCCAGCAGCCGCGGCGGGCGCUCGGCGGUGGCGUCGGCGGUGCUUGACGCGAUGCCGGGCCCUGUGGGCGGGCCGUCGGGCGAGCAGCCGCUGCUACUGGCGGCGCACCCGAUGCAGCUCUCCGCCUCCUUCGGCCGCUCCCUUAUCCUCGUCACGCAGCACGGCGCUGGCGGCUCUCACGGCUGGCUCGUCAACAAGCCGUCGGCGAUCCGGCUCCGGCACGCGGCCAGGCUGCUCGGCCUGCGGGUUCAGCAGAAGGAGCUGGGCCACCUCGGCCGGAACCGCGUGUACGUCGGCGGGCCGGUGGCGGGCCCGCUCCUCGCCCUCCACCCGCACCGCUCGCUCCUCGACGCCGACGCCGACGGCGAGGAUGAGUCCGCGCGCGCGGCUUCGCCCGAGGACUUCAAGCUCGUGCUCGGCAGCUCGGCCUGGGGCCCCGCGCAGCUCGACGGCGAGUACGAGUUGGGCGAGUGGUACGGCGCGCGGCCAGACGCCGCCGAGCUCCGCUCCAUUUGCCUCGCGCAGCCGCGCCACCGCUUCGGAGGCGGCGCGCCGCGCAGCGGGGGCGUGCCUGCCGAUGAGCUUGACGAGAUGAUUGGACGAGGCGAGGAGGAGCUCUGGGCAAUGAUGGCCGCGCAGCAGGCCGACGGAGGCGCCCUCAAUCGGACGCAGCGGCAGGAGCGCCCCAUUGCCACUCGCUUCGACUCUCCGUGUUGCUCAGCAAGCCGGAAUCGCAGCGCUCUCACCGCCGCCGGCUGGCACGGGCCGCAGGAAGAGCAGUGCACGCAGUUGCUCGACGCGGAGGGCGACGACGACGACAUCCACUUCGAGCAAACCUACGAGGACGAGGAAGAGUGAGGGCGUGGCAGAGGCAGGGCGAUUGAGGGAUGGGUACGGAGACUAGGAGGUUCAUACUGACGUCUCUUUGGUGAGUGUCGAGUCGGAGCGACGGAGUCACACACAGGCAGGAACGCGGCACCCUGUGCCCACGAGUGCCGGCCAAGGGCGCAGAGGCACCGGGCGCGAGAGUGAAUGCCUCUGAGUGUAUGCUGUACGCGGGUGGAAAGAGCGCGCCGCUCACAAAUCUUCUUCAACACAUGAGUUAUGACGGUAAUACUAAU